AUGGGUAGUUUGCUCCCACAAUCUGGCGAGAGACCAAAGUUUGCUCAAUUGUAUAUUUAUGACACUCAAAACGAGAUCACAAAUCGUAUAACUGCACUUGGGGAAGAUGAGUCAAACAUUACAAUCCAUCGUGAAAUUGUUAAAGACAUUAAAGAUGCACUGGAUAAAAAUAAUGUUUUGGUUCAAAGUUUUAGAAUGGCCAAAACAGAGAUGGAAAGUAACCAUAGAGCUGAUAUUAAAAUCAAACUCAUUGGUAAGAGGACCAAGGAUGCAAGGACAUAUAACUUGCCACAGGUUGGGGAGGUGGCUGCAUUGAUUGUUGGUGAUUUAGACCCAAACAUGGGAGAAAGAGAUAUAUUGGUGGAGUCCAAAGCUGGACAUUUUCAAAGAAUAACUGAAUUAAAUCCAGCAUAUCUCCCACUGCAGUACCCACUACUCUUUCCUUAUGGUGAAGACGGAUACAGAGACGACAUACAAUUUACUACUCUUGAAGGCAGGAGUUCAAAUGCAAGGAGUAAACUUAGUCCCAGGGAGUAUUUCUCAUUCCGUUUGCAAGAUAGGUUCAAUGAAAUGUCAACUUUGCUUUAUGCUAGGCGGUUGUUCCAACAAUAUUUGGUUGAUGCUUAUACCAUGAUAGAAUCAGGACGCUUGGUUUAUAUUAGGUCUCAUCAAAAGUCACUUCGAUGUGAAUCUUACAAAUGUUUGACAGAUGCGUUAACACGUGGCGAAGUAGAUCCUACUGCCCAAGGAAAACGCAUAAUUUUGACAUCGAGUUUUACCGGAGGCGCAAGAUAUAUGGUGCAGAAUUACCAAGAUGCAAUGGCUAUUUGUAGAUGGAUCGGGUAUCCAAGUCUAUUUAUUACAUUCACAUGUAAUCCUAAGUGGCCCGAGAUUGAAAGAUUUUUACAACCAAGGAAACUCAAAGCUGAAGAUAGGCCAGAUAUAGUAUGUCGUGUGUUUAAAAUGAAAUUAAAUGCACUAAUUAAAGAAAUUCAGAAAGAGAAAAUUUUUGGAGUGGUAGAUGCAGUAAUUUACACCAUUGAAUUUCAAAAAAGGGGACUGCCACAUGCUCACAUUUUGAUAUUCUUGAGCAAGAGUAACCCUUACCCUAAUUCUAAAGAUAUUGACCGGAUCAUAUCUGUCGAGAUUCCAAGUCAACUGUGCGAACCUGAGUAUUAUCAAGCUGUAGCAGAAUUUAUGAUUCACGGUCCAUGUGGUGCAGUUAGGAAGAAUUCACCUUGCAUGAUAAAAGGUAUGUGUUCUAAAUUCUUCCCCAAAAAAUUUGUGGAAAACUCAACAGUGGAUUUUGAUAGAUAUCCAAUAUAUCAGCGUAGAGAUAAUGGUCGUACAGUUCGGAGGAAUGGGAUUGACCUUGAUAGUAGAUAUGUUGUUCCACACAAUAGACAUUUGCUUAUGAAGUACAGGGCUCAUAUUAAUGUGGAGCGGUGCAACCAAUCUAGGUCAAUAAAGUACUUAUUCAAGUACGUCAACAAGGGUAAUGAUAGGGUCACGGCUGAAUUCUACAACAGUGGGGUGGAAGAAUCUACUGGAAAGAUUAUAGAUGAAAUCAAGAUAUACUAUGACUGUAGAUAUAUUUCACCCCCUGAGGCCGCGUGGAGGAUUUUUGCGUUUGACAUACAAUUCAGGAAUCCAUCGGUUGAGCGGUUGAGUUUUCAUCUCCCCAAUAUUCCAUGA